AUGACGGAAGAAAAUCAAUCCUCUGCCCUGGAUUUCAUCCUGCUGGGAGUCAGUGGUCAUCAGGAACAGGAAACCCUCUUCCUCAUCCUCUUCCUGUUCAUGUACCCCAUCACGUUGAUCGGAAACCUGCUCAUCAUCCUGGCCAUCUGCUGCAACAGUCGCCUUCACAACCCCAUGUAUCUUCUCCUGGCCAACCUCUCCUUUGUCGACAUCUUCUUAUCCUCUGUAACCAUCCCUAAGACACUGGUUAAUUAUCUCUUGCACAGCAAGGCCAUCUCCUUUGGGGGAUGCCUAACACAGAUGCAUUUCAUGAUUGCCUUGGCUAACACGGAUAGCUACAUCCUGGCUGCUAUGGCAUAUGAUCGUGCCAUGGCCAUUACCUGCCCACUUCAUUACACAACAAUCAUGAGCCCACGGGCUUGUGUCCUGUUAGUUGUUGGGUCUUGGGUGAUGGGAAAUGCCAAUGCUGUCCCCCACACCCUGCUCACGGCUCGUCUGUCCUUCUGUGCAAACAAGGAAGUGGCCAACUUCUACUGCGAUGCUGUCCCUUUGCUCAAGCUGUCCUGUUCUGAUACCCACUUCAACGUGAAGAUGAUGUACGUGGGGGUUGGUGUGUUCUCCGUGCCAUUACUAUGUAUCAUCAUCUCCUAUGUUCGGGUCUUUUCCGUGGUCUUACGAGUUCCAUCCACCAAGGGUGUGCGCAAAGCCUUCUCCACCUGUGGGUCCCACCUCACAGUUGUUUCUCUGUAUUAUGGGACAGUCAUGGGCAUGUACCUCCGCCCUCUGACGAGUUACAGCCUCAAGGAUGCGGUGAUGACUGUGAUGUACACGGCCGUGACCCCGAUGGUAAAUCCCUUUAUCUACACUCUGAGAAACGGGGACAUGAAGGCUGCCCUGGGGAAACUCUGCAGCAAGAGAAUCUCCUUAAAACCAACAUGA